AUGGCUCUUACUGGCUUUGCAGCACUUACUGGCUCUUGGAUGAUCAUCUGGCGCAGUGGCUCUAAUCACAUCUUCUUGUUGCUCUUAUUGGCUCUGGCUCGAUGGCUCUGGCUCUCAUUCGCAAGAAACACUUAG